ACCACUUUAUCACUUGUUCCAGUUGACUCUCUCUCUAGUCUUUGACAAUGGCAGAGGAGUUGAUUUUGUUGGAUGAAUGGCUUAGUAUGUUUGGUAUGAGAGUAAGGAUAGCACUGGCUGAAAAAGAUACAAAGUAUGAGUACAAGGAAGAGGAUCUCAUGAAUAAGAGCCAGCUACUUCAGAAAAUGAACCCAAUUCACAAGAAGAUCCCAGUUCUCAUCCAUAACGGGAAACCCAUAUGCGAGUCCAUCAUUAUUGUUGAGUAUAUUGAUGAGGUCUGGAACGAUAAAGCUCCUCCGUUGCUACCCUCAGAUCCUUAUCAGAGAGCUCAAGCAAGGUUCUGGGCUGAUUUUGUUAACAAGAAGGUUGGUGAUGUUGGGGGGAGAAUAUGGGCAGGAAAGCGAGAUGAGAUCGAAGUGGCAAAGAAGGACUUAAUGGAGGGCCUAAAAGAAUUGGAAGAGGUUCUUGGAGACAAGGCUUAUUUUGGGGGUGACACAUUUGGGUUUGUUGACAUUGCUCUGAUCCCUUUCUAUAGCUGGUUUUAUACUUAUGAGGCAUUAGGCAACUUCAAAGUGGAGGCAGAGUGUCCUAAGUUAAUUACUUGGGCAAAGAGAUGCAAGCAGAGGGAGAGCGUUUCCAAAUCUGUAGCUGAUGAGAAGGAGAUCUACGAGUUUGUUGUUAACUACAGGAAAAGUCUUGAGUUGGACUGAAAUGGCACUUGUGACAAAAUAUUGUGUGAUGAAGUUUAUUUUAGCUUGGACUUAUUGGUUCUUGAAUUUGGUUCAACAUAGACAAUUUGGUUUUUUCCUAUUGCUGCUGGAUAUUUGCUUGUGUUUAUGAGAAUCGAAAAUUUACGUUUGUUCCUAAAAAUUCACAGGAAUUCUGGU